AUGAUAGUAGUAGAAUUGCUUAGAUUAAUGGAGCUGAAGGUGACAAUCUUGUCCCACAUAUUCAUAUCAAUAAUCGCUACUCCAGUCGUGCUUAUGUUUGCACUUGAUAUCAUGGCCUAUACAGCUCGAAUCUUCAUGAAUAAUUUUACAUGGGUCUUUUCGUUGCUGAAAGCAGCAGGCAUAAGUGAUAUCGCUGUCGUUCAGGGCUUAUACAGCGAAAAUUUGAAGGUGAAAUACAUCCGUUGGUACAAUGAGAUUUUAAAGGCGGACCUAGGCUGCAAGAAGACAUUUUUCACAAAUUUACUUAAAAUGAAAAAAGAAGAUUAG